AUGCCUGGCCACAGCACAGGGGCUCCUCAGAAGUCCCGCCACGACAAACAGCACAGGGGACACAGCACCAGGGCUGACGGCUACAAGCAGGGCCGCACCAUCUCUAGAGACAGCACCGCCAGCCAAGAGUCCUACAAGGACCCUCAUGCCGACCACAACACACGGGAACAGUACAAUGGCGACCACACCCGUCACUCUGAAGGCCAGCAAGGCCGCAGAGGAACACCCUCGACACGACACGUCAACGGGCGGGGGUCAGAGACACUGGGCUUCAUCCCUGGCUCAGCAGACUCUCCCCAGAGCACAAAUGCAUGUGGUUCCUGUGCCUCUAUGGGCUGGAGUGGCUGCAAGGCGCUCCUUUGCUGUGUCCUCACCUGUGGCUUCUGUGGCAGCCGGGAUCUCUGUCUGCCUGUCAACAACGAGAGCUCCACGGACCACCCCAGCAAGGCCGACCCUGAGCAGCCCCACCCCCCCAACGGCAUGUCCGUGUCCAAGCCCACCUGCGGCAUCCCUCUGGAGCCCAGCAUCAAGCUUUCCAAACAGCCCUCCAAGCUGCCUCCCAGUGACAGCUUCCGCUACAAGGACGUCCGCAUCGGUGGCCAGACGGUGGUCUAUCCCACCUCGUCGUCGGGCCCCAAACGGACGCGUACGGGCGGCAAGGGCGACAGCCAGCGUCCCGUCAGCAACACCAGCACCAUCUACUCCCGGGAGGACCUGGAUCUGGACGACCUGAGCGACAGCGGCACGGACAUUGACUCGCUCAUCACUAAGAAACUUCUAGAGCUCUACGCGCUGCACCAGAUCGACCAACUGGCCAAGUGCACGUCUGACUCGUCGUUCUCAAGGAAGACCAAUGAGAUCAGCGAGUUGAUCUGCAGUAUUGCUCAGGACUACAACCUGGAGCAGCGGGAGGCAGAGUGCAGGCUGGUGCAUGGCGUCAUCCGCAUCAGCACGCGCAAAGGCAAGAAGAACAAAAACUACAACUCCCAGGCCCAGGAGCCAGUGCACCAGCAGCCGCGAGCAAACGGGGGGAACGACCGAGGGACCCUCCUUCCUGACAGUGGCAAUGAAACAAUGACGUACACCUUUAACAGCAGUGAGAUGGAGCCUGAGGUGAAAGUGUCAGAGCUGACACAGUCGGACGAACUAGCCAGGAAGAUGAGGUACUACAGUGGAAGAACUGUCUCCUCCAGCUCAGCUACAGCCUACUCUCACUACCAGCAUGACACAGAGACUGACUCGUCAGGGGCCCCACUGCUGCACGUCCUCUGA